AUGACAACGCCAACGGGCAACAAUGCCAAUUUCAGUGAUUGGUGUAGUAACUGUUUUCUGACCGACGCGCUCUCAACAGGAAAUGGCACCACCGUUGACUCAGUCCGCCAUUGCCUCUACACCCUCCGCCGGCUCCUCGCUCCCCACUAUGCCGUCAUCCCCGUCACGGGUGAUAUGAUCCUCAAAGAGCCAUGGAUGACUACGUGUGCGAUGCUUGUCAUGCCCGGCGGCGCAGACAUGGGGUACUGUCGCACGCUUAACGGUGCGGGGAACCGGCGCAUUGCGCAGUUCGUGCGCAAUGGUGGUAAAUACCUCGGUCUCUGUGCGGGUGGGUAUUACGGGUGCAAGAGCUGUGAGUUUGAGGUGGGCGAUAAGACCAUGGAGGUCAUUGGGGAUCGCGAGUUGGCAUUCUUCCCAGGGAUUUGUCGGGGCGGGGCAUUCCCGGGCUUCGUUUACCACAGCGAGGCAGGCGCGCGCGCAGCUAGCAUUGACGUUGUCAAAGAAGCCCUUGGGACUGGGAUUGUGCCUGCAACAUUCCGGUCAUACUAUAAUGGCGGUGGAGUCUUCGUUGACGCGCCACUGCUUGCGGACAAAGGGGUGGAGGUUCUUGCGAACUAUAAUGAGACAUUGAACGUCGAUCCGGGGGAAGGAGCUGCUGCUGUGGUAUACUGUAAAGUGGGCAGUGGAGCAGCUGUUUUGACCGGUCCCCACCCUGAAUUUGCUGCUGCUAAUCUUGAUCCGAAAUCUGGUGGUCCCGAAUAUGCCGAGAUGGUGGCCGCUCUCGCUGCUGAUGACAAGCAGCGUACCGAGUUUUUGAAGUCGUGUCUGAUCAAACUUGAACUUGAAGUCACCCAGGACUCGACUGUGCCUUCUCUUUCGUCAUGGCAUGUAUCAGGUGUCGACGCUGAUGGCCCCAUGGACAUUCUCUCUGGCCUGGGCUCCAAGAUCACCAAGGAGGGCGAGACUGAAUACCUCAAAGAUGAGCAUGACAGAUUCCGCAUCGAGCGCCCUGGAACGUGGAAUCUCGGCGAUCUAGAGGAAUCGCUCCCAACAGAGUCCGAAGGAAUCAUUGAUUACCAGUCAAUCACCAAACGUCUUGUGUUCCAUGAUGAUAUCCCAGACUCGAAGUUGACCCCAUACUUCAACCAUCAUGCUUUCUAUUCAAAUCUUCGCAAAUAUCAAGCUGAAUCCAAGGGAGAUGCCUCGACAUUCGGAAACAAUAUACUGUAUGGAGAGGUUGUGACCAGCACAAACACACUCCUUGAAAAGAACACUCAAUUCCUCCGCCAAUUGCCCCAAGGAUUCACAGCGACAGCUACAGCACAGAUAGCCGGACGAGGACGCGGAUCCAACGUGUGGGUAUCACCAGCUGGGGCUCUCAUCUUCUCGACCGUUGUGAAGCACCCAAUGGACAAAAUUCAGUCCGCACCGGUGGUCUUCCUCCAGUAUCUCUCAGCAAUGGCAGUUGUUCGGGGCAUCAAAAACUACGCCAGUGGCUAUGAGAAAAUCCCAGUCAAGCUCAAAUGGCCAAACGACAUUUAUGCCUUAGAUCCAGAUGACCCAGAGCAGAAGCGCUAUACCAAAAUCUGCGGCAUCCUCAUCAACUCCCAUUUCAUGUCUAACGAAUACAUCUCGGUGGUCGGCAUCGGUCUGAACGCCACCAACGCCUCCCCAACUACGGCGUUGACAACUCUCGCCGCCCGCUACGCAACACCAGGCGCUGCGGCUGCUUCGCCAGUAACUCUCGAGAAACUACUGGCGCGCAUCUUGACUACAUUCGAGGGCUUGUACACACGAUUCUUGCGCACUGGCUUUGAUCGAGGCUUCGAGGCUAUGUAUUACCAGGAUUGGUUGCAUAUGCAUCAGAUCGUCACGCUAGAGGAAGAGGGCGGUGCCCGCGCUCGCAUUCAAGGUAUCACACGGGACUAUGGUCUCCUACUAGCGGAAGAGCUGGGAUUCAAUGACCGGCCGACUGGACGGGUUUGGCAGUUGCAAAGUGACAGCAACAGCUUUGACUUCUUCCGUGGAUUGGUUAAGCGGAAGGUAUAG